AAGGUCAAGUUCGCCUCGACCCCGCCCCCCAGCGUUGGGGGUUGGGAAUGCUAGUAACGGUGCUCCCCGGACCGGAGGCGGCCUUAUGUUGAGUGACCUGCCGCAUCCUCGGGAGCGGGGCCCCGCGGGACAACAGCCCCGGUUCGGCCAGUCGGACCGCCCAGUGCCCCGCCGUCCCCCGAGGCUCGUCGAGUGGCGCUGCGGACGCCGGGACGCGCAGACAGGGUGGCCACUGCAGUGUGUGUAGAUGUGCCUGACAAGAUGAAGAACCGAAUCCCUGUGGUGCUCCUCGCCUGUGGCUCCUUCAACCCCAUCACCAACAUGCACCUGCGCUUGUUUGAGGUGGCCAGAGACCAUCUACACCAAACAGGAAGGUACCAGGUGACCGAGGGGAUCAUCUCUCCUGUCAAUGACAACUAUGGGAAGAAAGACCUCGCUGCUUCCCAUCACCGAGUGGCCAUGGCCCGGCUGGCCCUACAGACAUCCGACUGGAUCCGGGUGGACCCCUGGGAGAGUGAGCAGACGCAGUGGAUGGAGACGGUGAAGGUGCUGAGGCAUCAUCACAGUGAACUGCUCAGAUCCCUGCCCCAGAGGGAAGGCCCGGACCACACCAAGGCACUCGCCCUGGCCCCCACAGCUGUGCCUGAGCUGAAGCUUCUCUGCGGGGCAGACAUCUUGAAGACCUUCCAGACCCCCAACCUCUGGGAAGAUGCGCACAUCCAGGAAAUAGUGGAGAAGUUUGGCCUGGUGUGCGUGGGCCGGGCGGGUCAUGACCUGAAGGGGUACAUCUCGGAAUCGCCCAUCUUACGCAGGUACCAGCACAACAUUCACCUGGCCAGGGAGCCUGUGCUAAAUGAGAUCAGCGCCACGUCCAUCAGGCGAGCCUUGGGCCAAGGGCAGAGUGUGAAGUACCUGCUCCCUGACACCGUCAUCGCCUACAUCAAGGACCACAACCUCUACACCACGGACGGUUCCUGGAAAGGCACAGGCACCCUAAGCAAAGAAGGAAAGAGCAGCUAGGAGGGACUCACCAGCCAGCUGCUCCUCCACCGAGCUCCUCCUGAGAGAGGGCUGUUGGGGGUUUUAUUUUGCUUUGGUUUUUGCUUUUCCAUUUUUCAUUGGUUUUAUUUCUACAAUUAUUUUCCCUUCUGAGAAGUCUCCUAUCCCAGGAAGCGAUGCCUUCUUUGGGAAGGAGGAAAUAUCUGCAUCUCAAGGAUAGAUAUGUAUCAGAGAAGUUAAAGUAGCAAGGCAGCUCAUUAGGGCUGGACAAAGUGUCAGAGCCGCUGGGCAAGGAGGCCUCCCUGUUUGGUGUAAGUGACAUUUAAGGUGUGCACACUGACCACGCUAGGCAGGGCCCCGAGGUGGUGACAGAAUUGCUCAUGACGCGUUUUUAAUUAGGACCAGGUGCACCAUACUGGUCUUGAUGGAGGGAUUUGACAGGCUGCUAACCAUUGACAAUGUGGGCUUUGCCAACGCCCUUGUUUUCAAAUAGAAUAACACUAACGGAAGAAUCGAAAUUUGGAAACAACACUUUGCUGAUUUACAUUAAAUAUUUCCUUACAAACUAUGGUCUGCCUUUCUACUGGCCUUUUGUAAAAUUUAAACUAAACUCUUGCUAAGCAGUGAUCCUCAAACAAUAUUUUUGAUACAGCAAGUAUUUUUAACACUGCUAUACUGUAAAUUCUAGGGCUCCUGAUUUCCAGGUUUCUAAAAGGAACUGAGUUAAAACAGAUGCCUGACUGUUUUAAGGGAUCUUUUUGAAUGUUUUAUGACUGCCUGCCUGUUUGAAUAUUGGCGAAGGGAUAAAUAAUAAAUUGACAU